AUGAAGCGAAACUGGAGGAGAAAAUGGAAUAUACCCAAACUCUUUAGAGCCGGAGCUUUAUCACCAAUCCAGUUACCACCAAAGUUCUUUAGAAAUGACAAGUCAAUAUUGAUGAGUGUCUACCAAGUCCCUCAGGGGCAUUCAAAAUCGUUCUCACACUUACCUAAAAGACGACGUAACAAAUCCCGAAUGGAGAAGGUUAGCAAGCUAAUCUCUAAACAGCUUCUUGAUGAGAAAAAGGAUGAAGAAAAUUCCUUGUACGAGUCAAGCAAGGACAGCAUGAAGUCAGCAUCCCAAAUCUCCUUAGUAGGAAUAACUCAUAUUUUUAGAAGAACAAUAUCUCAUAUAAAAGGUUCAGGCCAAGACCGAUCCAGAGAAUGAGCACCAAGGUCGACAAAUACCUCAACAAAAUAAUGAUUUCAAAUAAGAACGAGCCUGAAAUAUAACUUUCCCGAAGGCUCUAAAGAACAACAAAGCCAUCUCAAUCCAUUCCAAACAAGGAAUUGGGACGAAUACCUCCUUUCAUUCUCCAAAGAAACUCCAGUUUCGAGAAACCUACUCAAGCAUUAGGAAGGAGACGAUUACGAAUCGGACCCAGAAAUCCAAGCAAAAUUUGAAAAUCAUUCUCAAAAUGAAGAAAUUGAAGUCCAGAAUAGGUGUGUGCCAGUACAAACUACUUCGAACACUUAGCUUUAAUGCAAAGAUGGAGCUCGCUUUUGUUGAAAAAGAAAAUAUUACACCAAUAAUCACUGAAGCCUUCGAAAAAUUCAAAUCUGACACAGUCUAUUAUAAAGAAAUCAAGCUCUAUGGCACAAAAAUCAAGAUCAAGAAGCAACGGUUCAAAACUGACAAUAAGCCUACUAAACUAUUCAUGAACAAAGUACGGACCAAGAUAAAGGAGCUUGAAGAGUUACAAGCCCUUGACAAGGGAAAGCCCCAAGGACAGCAAAAGAGUGCUAAAAACAGGUACAUCACGCACCAAAGUACACAGUUUCUGGAUAACUCAACCAUCUCAAGACAUUACACUGGAGUUCAUGAAGUCUCAGGAAUAUUAUGAUGUAUUUAUGCCCAAAUAAAAUCAUCAAAGAUCUACGUGACUGUGAACCCGAGCUAUGGGCCUGAGAAAUGAUUCAAUACAUCUUUCUACCCUAUAAUCAAAGACAUAGACUCAAUCAACUUACAAUUCGAGGUCAAUAGGCUAUUUUUUAUCAAAAAUGACAAGAAGUUAGCACUGAGGUACUACAAUAAUUACUCAGGUUGCAUGCCUCAGAAGAGAAGUGAAUCUGUUAUAAAUAUAUGAAAGCUGGAUACACUCAACCAUUCUCAAUUUCAAAAAUUGGAGGACAAGAAGUCACCUUGAAAAUAACCAGAAUAGCUUAAAAUACCAAACUGGCCAGCAGCCUCAAGAAACCCAUGAUAUGCCUCUCCAGAGGAAAGACUUGGUGAUAGAGAAACAACCAGAUCAAUCAAAACAGAAGAAGCAUUUGUUCUAUACAACUGAAUUCCUUUAGUAACAACCAUGUCUCAGCCUAUAGUGAACAAAUGGGGUAAACUCUUCAUUGAAAAACCUUUAUAGCCAAUACGUGCCGUCCGACUUGAGCGAAAGAGACUCCUGUAAGCUUAGAUCCAGCUAAAAUAUAGUCCUAGCAUCUUCAAAUUCAAGUAAGUGUCUCUAAACUAACCAGAGGAGCUAUAAACUCCCAGAGAAAUUCAACUAAAUCUUCUA